AUGCCUCUUACAGCCGAGGAAAAGAGCUCAAUACGAGAAAAAUUCAGAUACAAAGUCGAUACAACCUCGGUUCAGUUUUAUGACAAGAUUAUCAAGACAGAUACUGUCAGACCUGAUUUAAAAAUUGAAAUUGAUGGAAGGAAAUUCAUAUUUGAUUCAAAGCACUAUAAUUCUAAGAGUGUGAGAAAAUCGCCUCUUAUUGGGAAAGUAAUUAUGGGAAGUGAUGAAUCCAAAGUGAAAAAGAAUGAAGUAAGCAUUUACGAGGUUGUAAAAUUGUACAGAGAUAUUCAUGCAUUUCGAGCUGAAGGUGGUGGUUUAGUUUUAUCGCCAACAACUAUAUUGAGCUACUCUGCCAAACUUUUAAUGGAAGAAUUGAAUCUUAUCACCAUCAAAAUGACCAAUAGGAGAUCGAGUCCAAAUACUAUCAAGAAUGAAAUUAGGGAAUUUAUCACAACAGACCACUCUACAAAGUAG